AUGUCGGAGGCAUCACCCGAUCCAGCCACGCACCUAGAACCUCCUACCAAGACCACCGAGCUGGAGGACCCAGGAGCUGAGGAUAUUGCUUCCAGCAGUGACGAGGAUCAUUUCUCAGAUGCCAGUGAAGGCCAAGCCCAUUCAAAACCAAUCCCACAAUCUGGCAACACUUCCCCUGUCCCGUCCACACGAGUAGAGCGGGUCGACAGCAGUGCCCAGCAUGGUGAAAUACCUGGCACCGAAGCGUACGAAAAGCGAACUCAAGAUGCAGUUCCCGACGAGAUUGAAGUCAUUCCAGAAGAUAUACAGAGCGAGGACCAAGCUACGACAGGGUCGCAUGACCAACCUAUAGCCCCCGACAGCCCACCUAUUCCACACACAGUAGUGGAAAAGGUAGACCCUGACGAGCCAAGCUAUGGGGAAAUUCCAGGAACCGAGGCGCAUGAAAAGCGCCAGGCUGAUGCUGUGCCUGAUAUAGUGAAGAAAGCUCCCGAAUCUGAGGAUGAAGCUUCUCCGUCGCCGCAUGAUGAAGCUUCAGACACUGAUUCCACAUCUCGACCAAUUCCCGAGACACUCGUUUCCAAAGUGGACACAUUGUCCUUAGAAGAUGAAUUACCAUCGGGACCACAGGCCCAUCAAGGAUCAAUCAGUGAUGCAGAGCCCGACAUGGUGGAAGUAAUUCCAGACACUCCAGAACCUACGUCACAGGAUGGCGCCGAAGAGGAGGAGGUCAUUGAAGCCGAUGCCGGAGACGACGACUUUGGAGACGACUUUGACGAAUUUGUCGACGAGCAAGAAGACAUGGGAGACGACGAUUUCGGAGACUUUGACGACGGCUUCCAAGAACCCAGCGCGGACAUUGUUGAGGGUGGAACAGCCACCCCUCCACAGCCUCCCGCACCAGCUGUUCCUCCUCUCACAGACUUUAGCGUUUUCAAAUCCACAUCCGAACUACUCUCAUCCCUCCAAGGAACCCUCGACAACCUCCUCCCCGCAUCUCAAGACCUCAGCUCCCUCCCCCCAGUUGAACCCAUCCCCGACCCCACCGCCAUCUUCAGCACAGAGCGCUCCCUCUCCCUCUGGUCCCAGCUCGUAGCCCCGCCCCCACUCCAACCGCAAAACUGGGUGAAAUCCCGCAUCCGCAGACUCUUCCUCGUCUCCCUCGGUGUCCCCGUCGACCUAGACGAGAUUCUCCCCGCCUCAAAACAGAAAAAGCUCAUCCUUCCCUCCAUUGAUUUUGAGUCCGGCGCAAAUACCCCCGCCGCACGCUCACGCAGUCAAGCCCGCAAAGAGGGCGAGGGCGAUGGUUCCCCAAAUGAUACCCAGCCUGGCUCCGAGGGGCAGGCCCCUUCUUCUCGUGUCAAAAAUGCCCGGCGUGGCGCGGCGCCGCCGCCCCAGUUGGAUCUCUCGGCUGUGCGGCGCUUGUGUGCUACUACUGAUGCCGCUUUGGAUGGAUUAACGGAUACCGAGCUCAAGGAUCAUGCUCAAGAGUUGGAGACUAAUGCUUUGCGGGCUAGUGAGGUCUUGGAGUAUUGGCUCAAGAGACGUGAUGGUCUUGUUGGUGAGAAGGAAGCCUUUGAGGGCGUCAUUGAGAACCUCGUUAGUCAUGUUCGGAGAGUGAGGAAAUAG